AUGAAUGAGCCACUGCUUUCAGAGGAACGGCCAACACCUUCGUUUCCAUCUUCUCUACUUAUAUAUCUAUAUGUUGGCCACUUUUUAGCCAGAUGGGGUGCCAGAAUGUGGGAAUUCUCUGUUGGUUUAUACAUGAUCAACGUCUGGCCAGACUCAUUAUUUCUUGCUGCUGUGUAUGGAGUGGUAGAAUCUGCCUCCACUGCAUUGUUCGGGCCGAUCAUUGGGCAAUGGGUGGAUAAGUUGUCAUAUCUUCAGGUUCUGCAACUUUGGUUAUUGAGUCAAAAUCUCUCGUUUAUGGUUGCUGGAGGUGCAGUUAUUGCAAUUCUGGUCCCUGCAGACUUGAAGUCUGCAAAUGUUACUGCAUUCAUUUCGUUUAUCAUAUUAAUCAAUAUCUCUGGAGCUGUUGGCAUGCUUUCCACUCUUGCCGGUACCAUCUUGGUUGAAAGAGAAUGGGUGAUUGUUAUAGCCGAAGGCCAGCCUCCAGGAUUACAGACAAAGAUGAAUUCAAUCUUAAGAAGAAUCGAUUUAACGUGCAAAUUGUUUGCUCCUGCUGUCACUGGCUUCAUUAUCAGCUUUGUAUCUCUAACUGCAUCAGCUAUGACUUUAGUGCUCUGGAACAUAUUAUCUGUAUGCUUGCAGUAUUGGCUUUUAAUGUCUGUAUAUAAUGGAAUCCCGGCCUUAAAAGAAAUCAGCCAAAAGAGGGUCUCAAGAUCUUCAGCUAGGGUUCAAAAUGAAAGCACCUCGGCAUAUCCUGAGACAGAAAGCUUAAUUUCUUCAGAUGUGAAUGAUUUAGAGCAGCCUGAAAGCAGUUCCAUUUCGAAAGGGAAUAUGAUCAAGGAGUUUUUGAAACUUCCUUAUAUUAGUGCGUGGAAACUGUACCUACAGCAAGACGUGGUGCUCCCGGGACUAGCUCUUGCGUUGCUCUAUUUUACAGUACUCAGCUUUGGAACUUUAAUGACAGCUACUUUGGAAUGGGAAGGUAUACCUGCAUAUGUAAUAGGAAUUGCACGUGGAAUAAGCGCUACAAUAGGAAUAAGCGCAACAUUUCUAUACCCCGUUUUACAAUCUCAGAUUUCAUCACUUCGAACAGGUCUUUGGUCGAUUUGGUCUCAGUGGACCUGUCUCUUGAUAUGUGUUGCUUCAAUAUGGAUUAAAAGGAAAAUUAUGUCAGCUUAUGUGCUAAUGGGUGGAGUGGCUGUAUCACGCCUUGGACUAUGGAUGUUUGACUUGUCUGUCAUUCAACAAAUGCAGGAUCAUGUUCCUGAAUCUGAUCGCUGUGUUGUUGGCGGCGUUCAAAACUCACUUCAGUCUUUCUUGGACUUGAUGACUUAUAUUAUGGGUAUUGUGAUAUCCAAUCCACAGGAUUUCUGGAUAUUGAUAAUGAUAUCGUUUCUGCUGGUGACGCUGGCUGCAAUUUUGUACAGUCUUCACGUUUAUAACCUGAGGAAGCAUCUCCUUCACUUAGAGAAGCUACUUGUGCUGGUUCAAUGGAAUGUUGUCUAUAAGCCCAUUAAAGCAUCCUCUGUUCUGGUAGUAUUCACUUUGAAGCAUCAGUCACCAGUCACCACGCCUUACAGUCUAUUGCCUACUGGAAUUUACUGUUUACAGCACCAGUCACCGAAGGAAACAGACCAAAUAGCAAAAACAAAGGCACAAAGCAAGCAGUGA